UGCAAAUACAAAACAGAAUUAAUUCCGAGCUUUCAUCGUUUUUUCUUAUCCUUUUUUUCAACCACACGCUGUUGCGGAUCUUGUGCCAAUGGUGUGAAAAAGUCCUCAACGAUGUUGUCUUUGAAAAUUGGUCGGGACUUGUCCAAGUGCCUGAUGACGGCUAGUCGUUGUUCUUUGUGGCAAUCGCGUCUGCCGACGUGCUGGACCACUUUGAUACGACGGAGUUAUGGGGACCACGGCAGGACAACUGGUGGUGGUCGCGAUGGAGGCAGAGGCAGCGAUGACGACGAUGGAUUCGUGAAGCCUAGCAAUUACAAGGUAUUCAAAGAUGACGACUCGUCGGUGAUUUUGGACGUAGAAGAGGAACGUGCCCUGCUUGACUCGCAGUUAUCCGCUGACGAUCCCCAUUCAGAUUUUGAUGAAAUCGAUCAAUUCGCUGGUUUCGAUUUGUCGCGAGGCAUUUUUCGCACGGUUGCUGACAGUUUUCAAACUGCUAAAUUAAUGACCAUGUUAUGUCUAAAUCAGAAAUUGAUUGGUUACUUUCAACAGUUUUAUAGAGGUGGUGUGUCCGGAGUGUUCGAAGUGGAGCAUCUAGUCGAAGUGCUCCAAAAGAACAACGCCUCAGAUUUGUUCGUCGUGUCCAUCCCUGCCAAUGUGAGGUACGUGGAUUACAUAGUUAUCGCCACGGGGAGAUCGCAAAAACAUUUGAUGUCGAUUGCCGAUUUCGUUCACAAGCUUUUUAAGAAAAAGCGCCGGCCAUCGGACAACAUACCCAGAAUAGUGAACAAGAAGCCUCUAGACUGGAUUGCAUUAGACAUAGGUAAUAUAGCUGUACACUUGUUAACAAAAGACACCAGAAAGAACUUCGACCUGGAGACAAUUUGGAGCGUAGGAGAAAAGUUCGAUUCCCACCUGAACAGGCCAGUGGAUUCGUUGGUCACGUUAUUGAACGAACAUUCGUUUAGUUUAGACAAUUUAGAACCGGUUGAUUUUGAACAUGUAAAACCCCACUAACUCGUUGGCGAACGAUUUUACUCGAGUCAACUGUAAAUAUCCUUUGAAUAUUCUGUUUUAUUUUUAUUGUAUGAAAUCACCGUUUUUGUUUCAAAAAUAAAAAUAAAUAAUAAUAAUUGCCU